AUGCUUCAACACAGCGACCAUUCAAAAAAUGACAUGUUUCCUCAUGAGAGGGAAGAAAUAAGAUUAGGCAAAAAAUUGGUUGUACAAAAUUGUGGAUUGUAUAUGGAUGGAAAUAAGAAUGCUGGAGUUGUUUGUAAUCGAAUUACAGAAUUAAAUAUAAACUCCAGAAAGAAAACAUCAAACAACAAAAGUGACAGUUCACAGAUGAAAAAUGUCUUAAAUCAUAUAAAUAAUAAAUCAUUAGAAUUAAUACCUUCGAAAAGACCUUUAGUAUCUUAUUCUACGUAUGACAAUCAACAAAAAUAUUUCGAAACUAAACUUGUUCCGGAUUUACAAGGAAAAAUGAGUAUUUGUGUUGGAAGAAAAAGUGGAAGCGCUACUGUUAAUAUUAAUAUUGAUGAUUAUGAUUUAGAAAAAACAUAUCAUACAUGGAAAAAAAUCACAGGAAAAAAUUAUGUACACAAUAAAUCAAACUUAGAAAAUAAUAUUUUUUUGACUGUUGCAAAUGAUGCAGAAAGAAGUGAUAAACUACCUAUUGUUCAUAAUAGAAAUCCUCCUUUUGCAAAUCCUGAUGGACCUUUUGAAAAAGAAAAACUCAACUUACCCAAACAAGCUAGAGAUAAUUUAGAUAGAACUUUAACACCACUAGCCAUAUGUGAUAUCAAAAAUAAAACUUCUCAAAAAAAAAAUAUUCAUACCCAUAAAGAUUCCUUCCUACUAUUAAGACCUCAAGAAAAUGGUAUAACACAACAUAUUAAAGGUGUUAAAAGAACCAAUUUUCCAUGGAUCCAUUCUAAUCGUAUCAAAAAUAUUCUCAACUAUAAUUAUAUUCAUCCACAAAAAGAAAAUGAAAAACACCUGAACAAGUCAGGAACUAGCCAAAAUUGCAAUUAUCAAACAUUUUUAAAAAGUGCAAUUCCUGAAAAGUCAGGAAAUGAGGAACGACAUAUUUAUGACAAAUUGUAUGAUAAUAAUUAUGAAGAAGAACAAAUUGUAGAUGUUGAUCAAUUAAAAAAUGAAGAUAAUAAUGAUAAUAAUAAUGAUAAUAAUAAUGAUAAUUAUUAUAAUAAUAAUUAUAAUGUAUAUAACGAAAAAGAUAUAACAUUAUAUGACCAUAACAAUUAUAAGGACGACGAAAAUACGUUUCAACGAUAUAAUGAAAAAGAAAAUUAUCCACAUAAACAUAUAAAUCAUCAUGGGUAUAUUAAUCCACAUCAACAUAUUGAUACUCUUGGUUAUACAAAAAAUUUCGAUAAAUGUAAUAGUCUUAUAAACGAAAGACCAACAAAUUAUCAAGACACACGAAAUUAUUUGGGAAAUAAUACUUAUAAUAUGCAACAUAACAAAGGGAAAUGCCAGGUGCAAAAUUAUAAUACAAAUGUUGAAACUCCACAAAAUGUUUAUUUAAACAAUGAACAUUAUAAAACGAAUGAACAAAAUAUACACAACAGUCAUACAGGAAAAUGUUCGAACAAUUCUUGUCAAGAAAUAAAUAAUGUAGUACAUAAUGAACAAGAACAUAUGAAUGGGAAUAAUAAUUAUUAUAGGGUAUCAUCAUAUGAAAAUAUGUCAUAG